AUGGAUCCUGACUCUCUACGGCUCCAUCAAUCCCCCGUCAUAGAAUCCGAGCCCAACAACGUCGAGUCGUGGCCAAAUGCCCUGAGCCAUGCAGAGCCCGUCGAACGAACAUCUACCCGUCUCCCACCGACCAACGAGACGCGGAAGCCGGCCGCUUUGUCUUCGAUGAAUAUGAACAGUGCCGGUUCGGUCUCGAUCACGCCACAAAGGGCGGCGUCGGACGUGAUGGACACGAACCUGCACACCAGCAACCUCGAAUUCUACGGAUCGUCAUCCUCAGUGGCGUUCCUCCGUCACAUGGAAAUGUUGUCGAACAGCCAGACCACCGACCCCAUCGGCGGACAGUCGAGGUACUCGUUAGCCUCACUCCUGCACAACACCGAGUUCCGCCCCGACACGCCGCACGACCGGCAGGCAGCGCCAGAGGCGAGCACCAGCUCCGACCGAUUCCACUUCCGCGUUGCGAGGCGGUUUCUGGACACCUACUUCUCCAACAUCCACCACAUCCAACCAAUUUUCGACGAAGACGUCUUUCUGAGUCGUUGCGAGGACCUCUGGUUCAACACGCCCGAAAGGCAACCGCUGUCUUUCGUGGCGCUUUACUAUGCAACCUUGAGUCUGGGCAGCCUCGUCAUGACCUUUGAAACCCCCGAGAUUGCCGGAGCCGAUCGUUUUACUUGGAGUCGCAGGCUGUUCAAUCGAGCGCUCGCCAUCGUGAUGCGGCUCGGCACGACGACCGACAUCGAGAUGGUCCAGUGCUUCUACAUGAUGAGCAAGAUAUAUCAGCAUGAACUCAACCCUCAUGUGGCCUAUCUAUACUCCGGUCAAGCGGCCAGAACUUCAUUGGCGAUCGGAAUCAAUCGACGACCAGUCAACUCGGACGUCACUGAUCCGAGAGCUUCGAUGAUGGCAUCGAGAACAUGGUGGUACACCAGCUUUGCACUGGGCCGGCCUGACAGCCUCGGGCCUGACGAAUACCAUACACAAGACCUGCCCAACAAAUCUGUGGAAGAAGCACGUUCGAACACCAACGCUCUAGACAUUGUCCCCUGCAUGGUGCAUCUCUCGAGGAUCAUGAGACAAGUGGCACUCGCUCUGUACACGGUCCCCUGCGAGAUGGACGAGAAGCUGCAGCGAGCACAGACCCUCGAUGCCGGCUUAUGUAGUUGGCACGAGCAAAUCCCAGCCUACCUCCGCAUCGACCACCACCAGGUUCCAGGCCAAUCCCUCAAACCGAGCGGCCUGGCCAGCCGUGCUAAGAAACAGUCCGUCGUGCUCCAGCUGCGCUACCUGAACCUGCGCAUGAUAGUCCACGCCGCAUUCAUGACCCAAUCAGACACCGACGCGUCAGGCGAUGCCAUGUCUGUGCGCGAGUGUCAGCGCAAGUGCCUAGAGGCCGCAGAAAGUACGAUCGACCUCAUAUACAACACAUUCUUGAGCGAUCAUUUCUUUCAGACAUGGUGGUAUAACGCCACCUACACGUUGUUUGCCGUCAGCAUUCUGCUCGCCGCCGUCUUCCAACAACUCGCGACCAGCCAGCACGCGCUCGACAACCUCUUCGUCCACAUUGACCGUGCUGUGCUGAUCCUCCAAGCCAUGGAUGAGUGCCUGGUUGCCCGGACCGCGACCGCGAUCAUCAAGCGCUCGCUCGCUCGGGCGAAAAGGGCUCCGCAGCCCGCAUUGCACGGAGGGCAGGGAUCAUCAACGCGCGGAGUGGAUUUUAGUGACAGUGCACUGCUCCUUCCCACGUCUUUCGAGCAGACCGAAGGGCCCGGAGGCGUGGAACCGCUGUUGCAGCCGUAUUCGACGGCGGGGGUUAUCGACGAGGAGGAGGCCAUGGGCGAUCUCGACUGGCUCAACAGCUAUCCGCUCGACGACAGCAAGCAGGCUUCGUUCUGGACACGGUGGGCACAGGAGCUGGAAGUUUUGGGAACAUGA